UGUGAUCUCCAUUCAAGGUCCCUGACCCAUUCCCGGUUUUCAUCCAGUACUUUUCUUUUUUUGCCAGCAUUUUUUUUUUUUCAGCACCCGGUUCACUGUACCCCACUUACGGUGGAAGUCUUUUUACUUAUAUGCCUUUUCAUUGCACCGUUAAGACUCUGAGGGUUGGAGCUAUUCUUAAUCCGUCCCUGACCCUAGCACCUAACACAUUGAAAGGCCACAGUGAAUACUGAAAAAGAUAGCUGUUUGGAAGGAGAAAGGCAACACUACUGGCCUCCAUCUCUUGUAGUACUUUUCUAUCCUGUUUUCUAGCUUUGCCAAUCAUCUCUCCCUUCGUCAGAAAAGGACUCUUGAUUGUCCCCUUUUUGUCUUAGGUAGGAAAACACAAGUGAGCUUUGGAGUCACAGCUAGUGUAGUUUGGUGUCUAGCUUGGCUGCUUGGCUCUAUACAUCUUCCUAGUACUGUAGAGACCAAGUUUGCUCCAUAGACUUGAGAAUGGAAGGAGAGACUUUACAGUAGCAGGGAUACUCUGGCCUUUGUCAGGUCUAUUUUUCUUCCUCUCCUCUCCACUCCCCUUCCACUUCUAGUUGGCAGUUCCCCAGUCCUGAAGGCCAGGCCUUGGCCUGAUUCAGCUCCCUUCUCUCUCUGGCUGUGUCUUAGCGAGGACCUCUUUGGUGCCUUGCAUUAGCACAUGGCUUAAUAUAUUAGCACACGGCUAAUGUGUUUGUCUCAUUGUCAUUGUUAUUGUCUCCUCCCCCUCCACACACACACUUCCUCACCUGCUUCCUCAACACCGCAAUGAAAGCUUGGACAGGUGGAGUCAACACCAUCAGGGGCCAACCUGGACCUGAAUCAGCACAGAGGAGACCUCGAGUCCUUUUCAUCUUUCUGACUCCAGCCAUGUCCACGAUGCCCAACCUGUGAAGGUCUCUUACCAGCUAGAAACGAGAUGUCCCUGCUCUUUUCUCGAUGCAACUCCAUCGUCACCGUCAAGAAGGAUAAGCGACACAUGGCUGAAGUGAAUGCUUCCCCUCUCAAGCACUUUGUCACUGCCAAGAAAAAGAUCAAUGGAAUCUUUGAGCAGCUGGGGGCCUACAUCCAAGAGAGCGCCAGCUUCCUUGAAGACACCCACAGGAACACAGAACUGGACCCGGUUACCACGGAAGAGCAGGUCCUGGACGUCAAAGGGUACCUGUCCAAGGUCAGGGGUAUCAGCGAAGUGCUGGCCAGGCGGCACAUGAAGGUGGCUUUUUUUGGCCGGACGAGCAAUGGGAAGAGCACCGUGAUCAAUGCCAUGCUCUGGGACAAAGUUCUGCCAUCUGGGAUUGGUCAUACCACCAAUUGCUUCCUGCGGGUUGGGGGCACAGAUGGCCAUGAGGCCUUCCUCCUCACAGAGGGCUCAGAAGAGAAGAAGAGUGUCAAGACUGUGAACCAACUGGCCCAUGCCCUCCAUCAGGACGAGCAGUUGCAUGCAGGCAGCAUGGUGAGUGUGAUGUGGCCCAACUCCAAGUGUCCGCUCCUGAAGGAUGACCUCGUGCUGAUGGACAGCCCUGGGAUCGAUGUUACCACGGAGCUGGACAGCUGGAUUGAUAAGUUUUGCCUGGAUGCUGAUGUGUUUGUGCUGGUGGCCAACUCAGAGUCCACGCUGAUGCAGACGGAGAAGCAGUUCUUCCACAAAGUGAGUGAACGUCUCUCCCGGCCCAACAUCUUCAUCCUGAACAACCGCUGGGAUGCGUCUGCCUCGGAGCCUGAGUACAUGGAGGAGGUGCGGCGGCAGCACAUGGAGCGCUGCACCAGCUUUCUGGUGGAUGAGCUGGGCGUGGUGGAUCGAGCUCAGGCUGGGGACCGGAUCUUCUUCGUGUCUGCCAAGGAGGUUCUCAGCGCCAGGGUCCAGAAAGCCCAGGGCAUGCCAGAAGGAGGCGGCGCUCUCGCAGAAGGUUUUCAAGUGAGGAUGUUUGAGUUUCAGAAUUUCGAGAGGCAGUUUGAGGAGUGCAUUUCCCAGUCUGCAGUAAAGACCAAAUUUGAGCAGCACACAGUCCGGGCCAAGCAGAUUGCAGAGGCCGUUCGUCUCAUCAUGGAUUCCCUGCACAUCGCAGCUCAGGAGCAGCGGGUUUAUUGCCUAGAAAUGCGGGAAGAGCGGCAAGACCGGCUGAGGUUUAUUGACAAGCAGCUGGAGCUCCUGGCUCAAGACUACAAGCUGCGAAUUAAGCAGAUUACGGAGGAAGUGGAAAGGCAGGUGUCCACAGCCAUGGCUGAAGAGAUCAGGCGCCUCUCUGUGCUAGUUGACGAGUACCAGAUGGACUUCCACCCAUCCCCAGUUGUCCUCAAGGUUUAUAAGAACGAGCUGCACCGCCAUAUAGAGGAAGGUCUGGGCCGGAACCUGUCUGACCGCUGCUCCACUGCCAUUGCCAGUUCACUGCAGACUAUGCAGCAGGACAUGAUAGACGGCUUGAAGCCCCUUCUUCCUGUAUCUAUGCGGAAUCAGAUAGACAUGCUGGUCCCUCGACAGUGUUUCUCCCUCAGCUAUGACCUGAAUUGUGACAAGCUGUGUGCUGACUUUCAGGAGGACAUCGAGUUCCACUUCUCCCUUGGAUGGACUAUGCUAGUGAACAGGUUCCUGGGCCCCAAGAAUAGCCGCCGGGCCUUGCUAGGCUACAGUGAUCAGGUUCAGCGUCCUCUCCCUCUGACACCUGCCAACCCCAGCAUGCCCCCCUUGCCACAGAGCUCCCUCACCCAGGAGGAGCUCAUGGUCUCCAUGGUUACUGGCCUGGCCUCUCUGACGUCUAGGACCUCCAUGGGCAUUCUUGUGGUCGGAGGAGUGGUGUGGAAGGCAGUGGGCUGGAGACUCAUCGCCCUCUCCUUUGGACUGUAUGGCCUCCUGUACGUCUAUGAGCGACUGACCUGGACCACCAAAGCCAAAGAGAGGGCCUUCAAGCGCCAGUUUGUGGAAUACGCCAGUGAGAAGCUACAGCUCAUCAUCAGUUACACCGGCUCUAACUGCAGCCACCAAGUCCAGCAGGAAUUGUCUGGGACAUUUGCUCAUCUGUGCCAGCAAGUUGACAUCACCCGAGAUAAUCUGGAGCAGGAAAUUGCUGCCAUGAACAAGAAAGUCGAGGCUCUGGAUUCACUUCAGAGCAGAGCCAAACUGCUCAGGAAUAAAGCUGGCUGGUUGGACAGCGAACUCAACAUGUUCACACACCAGUACCUGCAGCCCAGCAGAUAGUGGGCAGCCAGGGCGGACCUGCACGAAGAAGAGGCAGGGCCGCACCUCCCAUCAGCUCUAGUCCUUGGCCGCUGCAGAGAGAAGGAAAGCACCCAGUCUUGUACCAGUUACUCCCUACCCCCUGCAGGAAGACCCCUGGCUCAUACCCUAAUGGAGACCAACAAGGACUGGACAGCUCGGCUCCAAGGAGUUAUGCAUGUGUCUGUGUCUGCUCCUCACGCUCACCCGGUUGAAAGUCACUGUGCAUUUGAUAAAGUUUUCCUCAGAAUGGCACCCUGCAGAAUGACUGAUGGGCGCCUUCACAGGCAUCAGGCAGCCACUCCUACUUUCUCCAGCCUGAGCACACCUACAGAGAGACAGUGUUGGGGGUGACAGGAUGCCCCAGAAAAAUUCAGGAUACUUCUGAAAUUGCCAUGUUUGUCUCAGAACUUGUAUCUUGCGUUUGGCCCUCAGCUUUAGCACUUUUUCCCACUUGCAGAGUCUUUCAGUUGUGCUUGGUAGCCAGGCUCAACACACCGGGGCUUUAGACUCAAGCAGCUUAUAUGGGAAGCUGGAGACCCCUGCCAGCCAGAGCACAGUAAGGGCUCGGAGAAGGUAUGUGAACUAGGGUAUCUGAUGUGGUAGUGCAGUUGGUGUCUGGCAUUGUGACGACAAGGGACUUGCCUCCCUUCUUGCCACUGAGGCCCUUGCUUUUCCUUCAGCUCUUGGCCUGUUGGUCCGGUUUAUUAGUGAGAGCUAGUUUGCUCCAGGUGGUUAAAGGAUGUAGCAGGAGGAAUGGUGGAAGAUGGGAGCUGCCCGGGUUAGUACAGAAGAGGUCUGUCUAUCUGACCUAGCACUGAGGGGUUCACAAACCUGUGAGGUGCACCUCACUAAUUUUGGCUCAUCCCUGCCUUGCUACAAGCUCCCUGUGGCCACCAUUCUCUGGACUGUACCGUGCUGAUGACUGCAGCUGGCUACAAAACAGCAUGAGAACCUGGCCGCUGUUCUCCUACUGCCUCCACCCUCAGGCAGGCCUCCUCCUCUUCUGCCCCUGAAGCCUCCUGCUGCUUGCUCCUCCUGCCUCCACCCUCAGGCAGGCCUCCUCCUCUUCUGCCCCUGAAGCCUCCUGCUGCUGCUCCUCCACCUCAGUCAGUGCUGAACUUCUCACUGUUGAGUGUUGAAAUUGUUAAUGGUCAAAGCAGGGAGGAUGCCAGUCACCAAGGUUGAUUGUCUUGGGAAAGCAGUUUUAGAGUGAUGAAUCCUUUGUAGGACAGGUAGAGAGUAUCUUAGAGAUAAAAAAAUGGGCUAUGUCCUCUCCUGCCCAUGUCUUGUGCUCACUCGCCCCUCAGUCUACCCUUUUUGCUGGGACAGUGAUGGUCUUGGCCAAGGUCAGCAUGUAAUGGAAAGACAGUGUAUUGCCAGGCUGGAUAGAUGGGGUCAUCUCACAGUGGGUCACGUGAAAAUCAGUGUCACGUAGUCCCAGUGAAUGUUGUGUUCUUUCUGGGGGGAGGGGGGAAUAGAAUAAACUCAAAUUCUUUUUCAGUAUAGCCCCUGAGUAAUGAAUGAAAAUUUGAGCUUAUGUAAGUAAAGAUUCAUUUAUGCCACCAGGGAGAGCCUGUAUCUGAGAGACAUUUAGCAGAGAGCACUUUAGUUUUUUGCUGCUAACUGUUGUGUGAUCCUUUGCUGGGGUGCAAAAGGCACCGGACACAGUGUGUUUGCUUCUGGUAUAUUUAGGUGAUGCAUCCGCCUGGGUUACCUGUAUCUCUGCUGAUCAUAUUGGAAACUAAAAUAAAGCCCCAUUUGUGACCCUG